CAAAUCUUUUAAAGUCAUUGUAAUUCUAAUGAUUGAUUUAGUCAAUGGUUAAAGCUAAUUCUAAUUCAAAUCAUUACAUUGCCAAUCAUCAAAUAAUUGCAAUCAUAAUGAUUAAUGACUCUAAAUAAUUACAACAACCCUGGUCCUGAUACAGUCAUGGAGUCAGCCAUAGUACAGGCAUGAUAGGCAUCUAUAGCAUUAGGGGAUAGGCCAAACCAACUUUAAUGAUUCAGCAAUGAUGGCUGUCAGGGCUGUACCAGUAGUGAUAUCAGGCCUGAUCCAGUAAUUUUGGGCAACAGUCCUAGAUCAGGCAUAAAAAUUCUUGGCUGUGUACAUAAUCUAUAGGCUAUCUAAGGCUACCGCCUAUAUAAUAAUAAUAAUAAUAAUAAUAUUGAUAAUAAUAAAUCAAUUGAAUUUUAUGUUAUGACCAAACACUUGAAUAUUUUUAUAUGUAAUAUAUAUAUAUAUGAUACCACAGGAUUUUAGAUCUGUCUUGGGAGGUUUCACAGAUUCUUCCAACGAUAAAUCACUCAUUGCUCUGCUCGAAGCUGGAUUGAGGAAUUGAGGAGACUCUCCAACACAAAGGAAUGAGGUAAAUUAAAAUAUGUAUAACUUACUUUGUCUUAACCAGAGGAGAGUUGCAACACAGAACCCUCCAACUCCUUCGCUAAUGAGAAGUCUUAGCAGUUCAGAGAGCAAUGAUGAUACCACAAUUUUAAGAAGAAUUAGGCACAGAAAGAGAGUUCCAAGACAAGAAACACCAGAACCAACAAGAGCCACUCGAAGAAGACUUGUUUCCUCAGAUGAAGAGGCCGAACAGAGAACGACAUUUCAAUACAAUGGUGUGACAUACACUCACCCACGUUUUAUGCCUUUUGUGGAGGACACCAAUGCAUUAUACAUUGACAUCGAUAGCCUGAGGAUAGCAGUGUCUGCACCAGACCUCCUACAAACAUUUCCAAUCUAUUCUCUGGCCCAACUCUCUUCCACUCGACACCUACAUAGACAAUUGAAACAAUACACUCAUGUGGGAACUGCAGUUGGGUAUCAAAUGUACGUAAAGACACUACCUUUUGCCACUAAACAGAGCGUGUGCGAAUACAUAUCAAGAAUUGGCCCAUUGGUCCACCCAUCAAAAAAGAUAGGUGUCUUUUUUACUGGAAAAAUUGUAUGCCCAUCCGGUCUACUGCUUGAGGCUCUCAUAGCCUCGAGCAUUACAACUCUUGUUCUAGAGGCUUAUGGGCAAAAGGCUCCACUACACACAGUGCAACUGCUAGCAAAUAUACAAGUCCAAGACCCACUUUUACAAGUGAGAGUGGAUAUUGGAAUAAAUGGGUCUUGCACCGGAAUUCCACUAUUUUUGACAUCUUCUGGUAGAACCUACCUGAUGCUAUUAUAUCUUGCUGGAUCAAGGUAUGGAUCGACUACCACUAAUUUGCAGUCUUUAUGUGGUCACCAUCGCGUCAUAGUCUAUCCACAAUUAGUACAUCACACUAAGGCCUAUUUUCAUACUUCCAUUCAAAGACCAGCUACAAACAAAGCCCUGAAAAAGAAGCGAAAGUACAUGGAGACUGCAGUGACGGAUCUUAUUGCUACGAAUGACCUCACUGGAUAUACUGAAUUGCAAAAUCACAUUCAAAUGAAGGAAUGGGCAGAAUUAGCCACAAGUACUGGAGAACCUCACUACGGAGUGAAGGGAAAUUGCAUUCUAAGCGACUAUUUAGAAAUUCCAGAAUGUAUUCCGAUUGAUUACAUGCAUUUGACAUUAGAAGGUGUUUUCAAGCAGCUUAUGAGGCAAUGGUUUGACCAAAAGCAUCACUCUCAACCUUUCAGUUUGAGAAAGUAUGUUCGCGACAUUGACAAAUUGGUCUUAAGCAUCAAACCAGCUAAUGAGAUCCAACGGCUCCCACAAUCACUAGAUUCUCUUUCAUUUUUUAAAGCCUCGGAAUACCGAGCUUGGUUGCUCAUUUAUGCCCUCCCUGUUUUGUCAAAUUUUCUACCUCCAGAAUAUGUUCAUCAUCUUUCAUUACUUGUUGCAUCAUUUCAUAUUUUACUAUCUGAUGAAAUCAGAAGAGAUGAAUUAGAAUUAGUCCAUCAAAUGUUAGCCACAUUUUAUCAGUUAUCUGGAGAAUUAUAUUCACUAAACAUGUAUACUGCUAAUAUGCACUCGCUCAUUCAUACAGUGCCAUUUGUUCAGAUAUGGGGGGCCACUUUGGGGAUAUUCAAUGUUUGGAUUUGAAAAUUUAAAUGGAUACCUGGAAAAAACGUAUCAUGGGACAAGGAGAAUUCUCUUUCAAAUGAGUUUUCAAAUACAGUUACUGCAAACAGUACCUAAAAAAUUGGAAAGUUUGAGUAAAUUAGAAAGUGAGCAAACCCAAGAGUACGUUAAACAACUACUAUCCCAAAAUAAAAAAGCAUUCACUAAAGUUUUUGAAGGCUGCUAUGUCGUUGGUAAAACAAAUGUACAUUCUCUUAUGGCAGAUGAAAUGACAGUCACAUUGUGUGGAAACAUUAGCACAACCAGGAAUGUACUACAAUUUAAUACUCUGAUGCUGAGGAGUGCAUUAUUCUAUAGUACAAAAACUGGUAAUAGCAAGUCAAGAAACAACUGUAUGUGUUUGUAUCGUGAUAACAAUGAUUCACUGCAAAUAGGACAAAUUCAAUCUUUCUUUUUGACAGCAGAAAACAUUCCCUUCUGUCUUAUAAAGAAUUAUCGAUUAACCAAUAGUUCACCAAUUAGUCACCUUCGACCACCAUGGAAUUCUACAAUACGACAACUUAAUGUCCAUUCUCUACUACAAAGACAAAUUAUUGAAGUUCAUGUAACUACAGAAAUAGUUGCCAUACUUGUAGAAAAACUCUGUAGAAAAUGUGUUCUCGUUGAAAUUAAAAACUCAAAAAAAUUUUGUAUUCCAUUGCCUAAUACUUUUGAAGUUCACUAAAAAUAAUAUUAAUCAUUUUGUUUUUUGUAAUUAUGUGCUCUCGCUCAUUCUAUGUACACAUGUAAGAUUGUAUAUAAGAGCUUACCUGCUAUGCUUGUAGUGACAUGUCA